AAACUAUAUAUGUUUACUAAGAUAUAAUAUAAUUUAGCUAUAUGUAAACUAUCUGAAAUUUAUUUUGAAAAAAUAAAAAAAAAGAUGAAGAAGGUAAAGGAUGUGUAGUUUCAGAAAUAUAAUAGAGAUAUUUAAAAAAAAACAGGGAUAUUUUUAUAAUUUUGAAAAAUAGAUAAAUGGUGUAAUUGACUCAAAUUUCUACUAGGUCUGGUCCAUCUUCUUCAGUCCAAUGGGCCUUGAUCAAAAAAAUGCAAAAUAAAGAAAAGAAAACCUCCGGCCGUUCUGGAAAGGAAGGGCAAACUCGUCAAAACAAGAAGCAUAAAUCUGUUUAGCAUCGGUAGGCAGGAGCCUAAAAACGAUUAAAACGAACACACGGCAACGAACACCAACAAACCUUACCCACUUAUGGCAACAACAACAAUAACAACAACGCCCUUCAAUUACUGCCGCCAAUACCUUCCGUUAACCGCCAAAUUACGACAUUCCACGUUACCAAAAGUUUCCUGUUUCUCCCCUCACUAUUCAACCAAGUGCAGGAGGGACUACACAAGCGUAAUGAUAGUCCCGACUGGAGUAGGAGCAUCCAUUGGUGGAUUCGCUGGCGACGCUUUACCAGUUGCUCGCGCUUUAGCUUCCGUUGUUGAUUGUCUAAUUACACAUCCUAAUGUGCUUAAUGCUGCAACGUUAUACUGGCCUAUGGCUAAUGUCUUAUACGUUGAAGGUUAUGCCCUUGAUCGUUUUGCACAAAGUUUGUGGGCUCUUCAACCUGUUCAUCAAAAUAAGGUAGGAUUGGUUCUUGAUAGUGGAAUAGAGGAGGAGCUUCGAAUUCGCCAUUUACAAGUUGCUGAUGCCACUAGAGCUUCCCUUGGUUUGCCUGUUGUUGAGUAUAUUGUCACCGAUACUCCAUUAGAGGUUGAAAAGUGGGUUGAUCCAAAGAGUGGGCAAUCAACUGGACGGAUUAAGCAUCCUUGCUCACUAUUGAGAGCUGUUCAGACGUUAGUUAACCAAUCUCAAGUCAAUGCUAUUGCUGUUGUUGCACGUUUUCCAGAUGAUGAUGUUGUAGAUGUUGAUGAGUAUCGACAAGGGAUGGGAAUAGAUGUAUUGGCAGGAGUAGAAGCAGUUAUUAGUCAUCUAGUGGUGAAGGAAUUCCAGAUUCCUUGUGCACAUGCUCCUGCAAUGCUGCCGCUUCCUUUGACCCUAUCUCUGUGUCCCAAAUCAGCUGCUGAGGAGAUAGGUUACACAUUCUUGCCCUGUGUACUUGCUGGUUUAAGCAGAGCACCACAGUAUUUGGCAAAAGACUCCCAGUUCUUCGAGAAGGGUUGCCUAGUAGGCAGUGAUGUUGAUAGUGUUAUUUUACCAAUAGAUGCUUGCGGAGGAGAUGGUGCUCUUGCUUUUGCAAGAAAACAAAACAAGCCUCUUAUAAUUGCUGUGGAGGAAAAUGUAACAGUUCUUGACAGUACACCAGAUAAGCUUGGGAUUGAAGCGGUCAAAGUCUCAAACUAUUGGGAAGCAAUUGGUGUUAUUGCAGCUCAUAAAGCAGGAAUAGAUCCACAUUCUCUCCGAAGAAACAGAAUCGGCAACAUUCAAAGCACUUCCUCUACACCAGCAAAUGGAUUUGCAGUUUCAAGCGGCUCAUCCGGAACAUCACAUGAUUUCAGAAGUCCAAGACUAAAUUGUUCUUUUUCUUGGUAAAUUUUAUCAAAUGCUCAUCGUUCUUUGAUUCAUGACAUUGUAUAGGUCAAAGCAUUGUCAAAAAGUAAUCACAGCGAAAUAAAUAUAAUUAAUUGGCUUUAAGAUCGAAGUUCAAUUUUCUUUCUUCCUCUAUGAUUAGGGAUGGUAAACGGAGUGAUGCAUUUUUCCAGUAUUCAACACGAAUAUAUGAAUAAUCUUUGCACA